AUGCCGAAAAUGAACGACCCGUUGCAGUGUGGACUGUGUUUAAAACGUCACAGAGAUCCGCGAAUUCUAACCUGUUUCCAUAGUUUUUGUCGGGAAUGUAUAGAAAAGCUUAUAUCUUCAAAGAAGUACAAAGUGUCUUUCCCUUGUCCCCUUUGUCAAACGGAAAUAGGCAUUCCAAAGGCAGGGACCAAGACUUACCCCGAAAACUUCUACAUCCGGGCUAUUCAGGCCACUGCAGCAUUCUCAACUAUCUCUAUGUGUGACACUUGUAACAAAACGAAGGAAGAGAGCGCGAGCUCAAGGUGUUUAGAAUGCGAAUGUAACUACUGUAGCGCGUGCACAGCCCGCCAUUUUGAAACCGAAACAACAAAAGAACACCAUCUUAUAGAACUGUGCAAACCGGAAACAAAGUCGAUAACAAAUUUGACUCAUAAAACAUUUUGCGAAAAACAUAAAAAUGAAGAGACGAAAUUUUACUGUAUGCUCUGCGAGAUGCCAGUUUGUAAGGAAUGUGUAUCAAAAGUGUCUGAUCACAAAGGGCACCGGUACAAGAGCAUCGCAGAAGGCGCCAAGGAAAAGAAAGAUCUCAUUUCUCCUAUUAUCAAGAGUAUGCACGAGUAUUUACCGGUCCUUGAAGAGUAUCUAGAGGACAUCAAAUCCUCCAAGAAGAUGCUUGCUGAUUACGCUUCCGACAGCAUCAAAGAAAUAAAAGCAAGAUGCCAGAUGCUUCAUGAUGAGAUAGAAAAGAUUAGUAAAUCGUUGGAGGAACAAGUGCAGAAGAAUGAAGAGAAGGAGAACCAACGAAUGGAUAAACACAUCCAACUGAUAGAAAGACUGCUAAAAUCUUUGUCGUAUACAACAGGAUCGUCAGAGGACAUCACCAACCUCGCCAGCGACAGCGAAUUCGUUCUGAUCUGCGCUAAACUGCAGAACAGGUUCAAGCGGAUAAACCAAGAAGUUCCAACUUCCGGUCUUAUCAGUUGUGAAAGCAGCAACUUCCACAGUGGGGAUAUGCAGGGCAAGAAUUUGCACGAAAUGAUAGGCUAUUGUGAUGAAACUGAUGUAAAGAUGCCGUUGUUGCCCAUUCCUUGGGGUCUCCGAAUGGCUCUAUCAUUUGAGGUAACUCUUAUGUACAGUUUUAAGGUUUCCGAAUCCAUGGACACGAUACAUGCGAUUGCACCCGUAUCAGAAAAGGAAGCCUGGAUAUGUUGUGGAUGGGGGACCAACAAGAUGGAUCUGUGGACAAGAGAGGGAGAGAAAAAGAAUACGGUAACAUUACCUAUACAAGUUGAUGAUAUCUGCGUUAAACCUAACGGUGAGAUUCUUGUGUCCAGUUACGACGGUAAGAAGAUUGUUAAACUAGACAAAGACCUCAAACCGGCCGAUUUCGUAAAGCUGAACUGGUAUCCGGGCGGGAUGACGUACUCCAAGAAAAAAGAACUCCUGGUGUGUGCAGUGGACAGCUACGUCACAACACGUUCUAAUACGUCACGGCGUAUGGUGAUACGAAUCAAAGAUGAUGGUACAGUGCUGGAUCAGAUAGAAGAUAACGGCUUCAAUGAGGUAUUCUGCGCCCCCUAUCGGCUGUAUGAGAACAUGAUUGGGGACAUAUGUGUGACAGAUCGUGAAGAAACUAAUGUCAGGGUCACAAGUCUGACGAUGGAUGGCAUCAUCAAACAGACAUACACCGGUCCGAAAGAGGUAGUCAUGAAGAAAGCAUUCAAUCCGUUUGGCGUCGUAUCGGACAAAUAUGGUCACGUGAUCGUGUCAGACUGGAGUAACCACGCAAUUCAUUUGUUGGAUAUAAGUGGUCAGUUCAUUGGCUUUCUACUCACUGAGAAAAAUGGUAUCCGAGGACCGAACGCGCUUGCUCUCGACAAAGAAGGUCAUCUUUGGGUAGGCGAUACAAAGUCAACAGUCUGGGUAUUCCAGUAUCGACGGAAGGCUGAUGAGCAUGGUUCGUCUAACUCUUCAACCUAG